AUGCGUGGCUAUGAUGGACCCAAGGACUUCUACAUCAAGAAAAUCGCGGAAGGCAUUGCCACCUUGGCCGCAUCGGUGUAUCCGAAGCGCAUCAUCGUCCGGCUGUCCGACUUCAAGUCCAACGAGUACAAGAGCCUGAUCGGUGGCGAGCAGUACGAGCCCGACGAGGAGAACCCCAUGAUCGGCUUCCGCGGCUGCGGGCGCUACACGGACCCCUUCUUUGAGGAGUGCUUCGCCAUGGAGUUGGAGGCCGUGAAGAUUGCCCGAGGAGAGAUGGGACUGAAGAAUGUGGAGAUCAUGAUCCCAUUCGUCCGCACCCUGGACAUGGCUAAGGAUGUCAACGAAGUGCUGGAGAAGAACGGCCUCAAGAGGGGCGAGGAUGGCCUGAAGGUGCAAAUGAUGGCAGAGCUGCCAAGCAACGUCUUCUUGGCAGAGGAGUUCUUGGAGUACUUCGAUGGCUUCUCCAUUGGCAGCAACGACCUGACGCAGUUGACUCUCGGCCUGGACCGUGACUCAGGCUUGGUUGCCCAGUACUUUGACGAGCGCAACCCUGCUGUGAUGAAGGCUUUGGAGACCCUCAUCAAGGCUGCCAAGGCCAAGGGCAAGUAUGUUGGCAUUUGUGGUCAGGGCCCUUCUGAUCACCCGGAUCUCGCCAAGUGGCUCAUGGAGCAGGGUAUCGACUCUGUGUCCCUCAACCCCGACUCUGUCAUCCCAACUUGGCAAUUCUUGGGCAAGAAGUGA